AUGUCAGAUGAAUGCACGGAGUACCUCAGUUACAUCACAAGUCUUCUCGAUUUCUCUGGCUUCCAGCCUAACGAUGACGGAGAAGACCGAGUGGAAACAACGACGAUGACGUCAUUGGAUGGCGUGGAUUCAGCUGCUGGCCUUUUGAGAGGACAAUCAUUUUUGAAUGGCCUUCUAAACAGAAGUCAUGUAGAUUUUGAAAUUAAAAAUUUCUACAAAAUCAACAAUAGUUUUACUGUAUACCAAGAACAACAACAGCAGCGGCAGCAACAACAGAGUCAGUUAUUCAGGUACCAACAUCAGCAGAUGCUACAUCACCAGAGACAGGUUCACUUGGUGAAAACAAUUACCAACUCCAUUUUUGUGCCAGUCAUCGCGAUGUUUGGCAUUCUUGGUAACCUGCUCAACCUUCUGGUUCUCACUCGAAAGAAUGUUUCUCGGAUUUCUAGCAUAGAACGUUCCUACAACACUGGAUUGGUGGCUCUUGCGGCAGCCGAUCUUGUCGUCUGCUUGCUCUACUCUAUCAGGGCUAUUGUCACGAUGGAGAAAGUUUGGGGCCCGCAGGAAUCUCACUUUCCCGCCUACAUCUCUGCCUACGCCGAACCUCUGAUCAACGUGGCAAUUUUCUCAAGUACGUGGAUCACAACGGCUGUGGCUCUCAGUAGGUACGUGGCCAUCUGCUGGCCACUUCACGUGCGAUUGUUUGUGAGGCUACGCUGCGUGAGGGCCUGUGUGGUCGUCAUUGUUCUGCUGGCCUUCUGCGUCAACGUGCCAAAGUUUUUGAGUUACCAAGUUAUUACUAUGCCAUGUAGGAGCCUGAUGGGAAGUGGAGAGCAAGUUAAUGCGAGUGGUGAAAAUAAGUUGUGGCAUGAAAAUGACGAUGAAGAAAGGAUGAAAAAUUAUUUGGAUGAGAUGCUGGGUAGAGGUGGAGAAGAAGUGAACCGAACGGCAAGCAGCAUCGACUUGUUCCUAAUUGAAUCACCAUCGGAUAAAAUUGAUGGCAGCAGAAGUUCGCAGGAGGGUUCUAGGUGGAGGCGACUCAACUUGAACGAGCAACACAGUUUUAUUUACGACAAUUACGACUACUUGGAUAACGAAAAUGUUUCCAAAUACAAUGCAUACGGUGAUAAUUUCAAUACAAAUAAAAAAUUCAUUAAUAAUGAAAACAUUGCUACUAAAGACUAUCAUUUUAAAAGUAACUCUCUCCAACGCAAACGUAUCAUCUACAACAACAGUUUCCGCAAUAAUGACGACAUUAAAGUUAAGAAUUUCAACCGCGUCACAAAUGAACCUCAACUAAGAGUCUUCCCAAAGCACAUAACAGAAAAAUGUGAAUGUUAUUUUGCUCGCAAGCAGCCAAUGGAGCACAUCUUGAACGAACACGGCAGCAAGCAGGCUUACAGUAUCUUCACCAUCACAACGACGACACUCAUUCCGCUGGCGAUCAUGAUCUUCUGUAACGUUUGUUUCAUCAAAGCACUGCGUCAGUCGUUCGCCAUGCAACGCGCCAUACGCAACACGCAAAUGGAAAGCACAAAUUAUUACAGCGCACGUGAAAGAACGCCGACAAGCAAAAGUGCAUUUCGUGCAAGUGUCAGAAGUUUGCACGAAAAUUUGCGUGGAAGGAAUAAUUCGUGUAAUAAAAAACUGAUUUUCAGCGGUCGAAAUGUUUUUGCGUCGGAUGACAAAUUUGAACGUGAUACCAUGAGCGUGCGCGCUGACGUCACAGAAUUAAAACAAGUGAAAAAUAAAAAUUCUGACGUCAGCCAAGAUGACGAUGACGACGCUUUUGACGGGAGGGACAAAAAAAUGGUGGUCGGCAAGAGGGACCGCGGUAACGUUGAAAGGAAUAAAAAUGACGAGAACUGCAGGAACGAAGUUAAUUCAGUUGAUAAGAAUGAGUGUACGUCAGAUGGAAGAGGAAUGAUGUUUUGCGCUCCCAUCAGCGACAACAAAAAUCUUUUUAAGAAAAACAACAAAGACAACAGCAACAUCAAUAAAUAUCCGUUCGACCAGCAGAGCAAGUGUGAUGACUUUGAAAUGAUUGAUUUGAAGGACACGCCCACUCAAACAAAAGACAGCUCACAUAACGAUCAUUUUACCAAAAAUCAAAAAAAAUUUCAACAACGACAAAAUUCUGAUGAACAAAAACAAUCACUUCAGACAUAUUUGUCUCUAAAAACAAUUCAAAAAUGUCAGCCAGCACAACAACAACAACUACAACAACAACAACAUGACAACAGCAACAACAACAUGCGCAGGCAUUAUUCUCGCAUUGAGCCAUCUCCAAUAUCGAAAGUUCCUCAAGAGAAUAAAAUUACUGGACAGUGCAUGAAGACACUAACAACACCAACAAAAAAAACUUCAACAUCAACAAAAACAACGUCAACAUGGAAACAAUCAACGGACGACAACUACAUUACUCCAACUUUGAUCACAUUAAUUAUUUCACUGAUUCUUCUCGUUCUACCAUCUGAUAUUCUCAAUUUUGUUCAGAUUAGAAAAAUAAGCAGUUGUAAAGCCGUUUUGUAA